AUGCUGUACCUCAUCGGUCUGGGUCUGAGCGACGAAAAGGACAUUACCGUCAAGGGUCUCGAGGCGGUCAAGAAGGCCGAGCGCGUGUACCUCGAGGCGUACACCUCGAUCUUGAUGAUUGAGAAGGAGAAGCUCGAGGAGUUUUACGGCCGCCCCAUUAUUACUGCCACCCGCGAGACAGUCGAGCUCGAGUCGGACGAGAUCCUCAAGGACGCCGACAAGGUCGACGUCUGCUUCCUCGUCGUCGGCGACCCUCUUGGCGCGACCACCCACACCGACCUCAUCCUCCGCGCGUCCACCCGCGGCAUCCCCACGCAGACCAUCCACAAUGCCUCCAUCAUGACCGCGCUCGGCUCGACCGGUCUGCAAAUGUACAACUUUGGCCAGGCCGUCUCGCUGCCGUUCUACACGCAGACAUGGACCCCCGACUCGUGGUACGACCGUCUGGAGGAGAACUCCAAGUACGGCAUGCACACGCUCGUGCUGCUCGACAUCAAGGUCAGGGAGCAGAGCGAGGAGAACAUGGCUCGCGGCCGCCUCAUCUACGAGCCCCCCCGCUUCAUGAACCCCUACCAGGCCUUUUCGCAGAUGCUCCUGACCGAGUCCAAGCGCCACCAGCCCGAGGGCACCGAGGACGAGGACGGAAACGUCAUCCCCGUCACGCCCACGUACAUGAACCCCGAGAACACGCUCGCCAUGUCCCUCAGCCGUAUCGGUACCUCGACCCAGAGGAUCAUCGCCGGCACACUCAAGGAGCUCGCGUCCCUCGACGAGGAGGAGUUUGGCGGGCCCUUGCACUCGGUGGUGGUGGUCGGCAAGCGUAUCCACCCCCUCGAGCUCGAGUUUGCCGGCCGCUGGUGUGUAGGCGGCGACGAGGGCCAGUGGUGGAAGGUCGCCAAGGAGGUGUAUGGCUGUGAACGCGAGACCUUUGAGUAG